UCCCUCUCCAACCAAAUAUAUAUAUAUACCAUAGUCCUCACAGAUUAAUUUCCUUAAUUGCAAAAUAUAUAUAAGUAUGGCUUGUUCAAGUGGAAAUGGAACAAGUAGUGGUGGAUCAGGUUCACCGUGUGGGGCGUGCAAGUUUCUGAGGAGGAAGUGUGCUGCAGAUUGCAUAUUUGCACCAUACUUCUGCUCAGAACAAGGGCCUGCAAGAUUCGCAGCCAUACAUAAGGUCUUUGGUGCAAGCAACGUUUCCAAGCUCUUGCUUCAUAUUCCCGCUCAUGAUCGCUGUGAGGCUGUUGUCACCAUUGCUUAUGAGGCUCAAGCUCGUAUCAGAGACCCCGUUUAUGGUUGCGUCUCUCACAUUUUCGCAUUACAACAACAGGUAGCAUGCUUGCAGGCACAAUUGAUGCAAGUGAAGGCUCAGCUGGCACAGAAUCAAAUAGAGAAUCAAUGGCCAGGGAAUGUUGGUGGAAUCAUGAACAACAAUAAUAACAAUCCAUUUGGUCACACCAAUUACAUGAACCCUCCUAUAUCUCCUCAGAGUUCACUUGAAUCAAUUGAUCAUCACAGCAGCAGCAUCAUUGAUAUGCAUGACACAAGACCAGAGGAUUUCAACUCAUUCCAACAACAACAACAAGCUUUUUCUAAGAGAAGAUCAUAUAACAACAACAACAACAACAACAAUGACUUGGGUGAGCUGCAAGAGUUGGCACUUAGGAUGAUGAGGAACUAAUUAUUAUUACUUCUAUUAUUAGCAUUAGCCUUUCUAAUAACACUAUGUUUUCUUAUCAUCCAACACUAUUGUUAUUUGAACAUAGUUAUGUCGUAUUUUGUACUAAAAUCUACCUCUUAUCUUAUAAUGAAUGGGUAUGUCUGCUCAAAAUAUAAUGAUAAUAACUAUGUUUAUUUUUUUUCUUCAAGAA